CCGUCGCUCUGCUGACGUCACGGGCAGGCGGCCAAUGAGGAGGCGCGGAGGGCGGCCUGCUUGUGUUUGAAUUCGGCGGCCGGAGCGUGGCGGUUGGACCGGCCGCGGAGAGGAGAUUCAGCUGUGCAACCUGAAAGAGUCUUGGAAGCGAAGCUGGGGGCCGGAGGGGAUGACUCCCGCUAAGGAAGAAGAUGUUUGCAAUCACGUGAAAGUGGUGGUCCGUGUCCGUCCAGAGACCCAAAAGGAAAAACAGGACAACUUUAGCAGGGUUGUCCAUGUUAUUGACCAGCAUGUGUUGGUCUUUGAUCCAAAGGAGGAAGAAGUUAGCUUCUUUAACGGGAAGAGACUGACCCAUAGGGAUAUUAACAAAAGACAGAGGAAAGAUCUUAAAUUUAUGUUUGAUGCUGUUUUUGAUGAAAUGUCAUCCCAGUUGGAAGUUUUUGAGCAUACUACCAAAACUCUGAUUGAUGGCUUCUUAAAUGGAUAUAACUGCACAGUGCUUGCAUAUGGUGCAACAGGAGCUGGAAAGACUCAUACCAUGUUAGGUUCUCCUGAAGAUCCUGGAGUGAUGUAUUUAACCAUGAUGACACUUUAUGACCGCAUGGAUCAAAUAAAAGAAGAUAAAAUAUGUGAUGUUGCUGUCUCUUAUUUAGAGAUUUACAAUGAACAGAUCCGUGAUCUGCUGGUCAGCUCUGGACCUCUGGCUGUUCGUGAAGAUGCCCAGCAAGGGGUGAUAGUUCAAGGUCUGACAUUACAUCAGCCUAAAUCAGCAGAGGAAAUCCUUCAGAUGUUGGAUUAUGGAAAUAAAAAUAGAACUCAGCAUCCCACAGAUGUGAAUGCCUCCUCUUCCCGGUCCCAUGCUGUCUUUCAGAUUUACCUACGGCAGCAAGAUAAAACAGCCAGUAUUAAUCAAAAUGUUCGUGUCGCCAAAAUGUCCCUCAUUGACUUGGCAGGAUCUGAACGUGCCAGUGCAACAAAUGCCAGGGGGGCUCGUUUUGUAGAAGGAACAAACAUUAACCGCUCCCUGCUUGCUCUUGGAAAUGUCAUUAAUGCAUUGGCAGAUCCAAAGCGCAAGAAACACAUUCCUUAUCGGAACAGCAAACUCACUCGUCUGCUGAAAGAUUCCCUUGGAGGAAACUGCCGGACAAUAAUGAUAGCUGCUGUCAGUCCCUCCUCCUUGUUCUAUGAUGAUACCUAUAACACUCUGAGGUAUGCAAACCGAGCCAAGGAUAUCAAGUCUUCUCUAAAGAGCAAUGUUGUUAGUUUGGACAGUCACAUAAGCCAGUAUGUUAAAAUUUGCAACGAACAAAAGAAAGAGAUCCUAAUGUUGAAGGAGAAACUGAGAGAAUAUGAAGAAAAGCAAGUAAGCAUUCCUGAAAACUAUGAUGCUGCAGAACUUUCAAACAACCAGCAAGUGGAAAUAGAAAGAUACAAAGAAACCCUUAAAAAUGUGUUUGCAAACCGUGAGGAAAUCAGAAAAGAAUACCUCAACAUGGAAAAGAAACUGAAAGAAAACACACUGAAGAAAUACUACCAUAAUCAAUGUCAUGAACAAAUUCGACUGAUGUGCUCUGAAGAAAAAGUAGAAAAGGCCACUUGCAAGCGGGAUCAAAGGCUUGCAGUUCUUAAUAUCCACUCUGUGCACAUGCAGAAGAAAAAAGAAGAGGAGGUCAAACAUUUUGAGGAAAACACCAAAUGGCUGCACCGUGUUGAAAAUGAAAUGCGUCUUCUGGGUCGAGAUGGGUGUAUUCCAAAGGAACUUCGUCAAGAUCUGCAGUAUUGCCAUUUAAACCUGGAAGUUCAGGACCUGAAAGCACAGAUUAAGCACAUGUUAGCUCUGGUGUCCCUUCAAGACCAGUAUUAUAAGCAAACAGAAAAAGUACUAAAUACUUUGCUUCCCGUUCUUCGCAAGCAACACCUGACUUUGAAAGAAGCUGGGUUGACAAAUGAUUUAACUGAGACUGAGUUUGGGGAGGUGGAGCAGCUUAUUCAGAGACAAAAAUCAGUAGCUUGGGCUGACCAGACUGAAGAAAAGGAUCAAAAUCAAAACCAUGAAGUAGACAUGUCAGCUAUCUUUGCAUUCCCACAGCUUGUGAGCAGACCAAACACCCCGUGCCGUACCUCUUGUGGUACACCAUCGCAGGAAAUGACUAAAAAUACACCAAAAGUGUUAGAAUAUACAGAACCACCACAGAAAAGAACGAGGAGGAAGCUAAUGGACUCUCCAGUAGCAGCUCAAAGUCCAGCUGCAUCCAAGCCAUCCAGUCUGCAGCACCUGGAGGAUUCUCUCGCCAAGGAAGUCCACCCCAUAGUGUACACCCCGGAAUCUUGCCGAAAGCCGGCACAGAGCUGCUGCCCAGAGGCUGUGGUAAAGAAGGCUCUGCACCUUGCAGGCCUCAAGGAGGUCAGUGCCCAAGGCACAGAUACGCCAGUGCAAAAGGCCAGUGUUAUGGACACGACACACGAUGUGAUCCCCGAGUGCAGCGAAGCCAUCAUGAACUCAACGAUAAUCCUCUACGAAGGCACAGAGGAAACAACUGAAAUACCCACGUACCCACCCGUGAAGGAGUCACAGCCCUGCAGCAGUAGCAUUGUGCAAAGGCUUGAUCUCGCUUCCUUAAAAAACAAAAAUUCUGCAUCAGCAUUUGAGAAGCCCUCAUAUAUGGCAAUGACUUCUGCUGCUCAGAGAAAAAGGAAGGUAUUAAGUUCCACAUCCAACACGGUGUCGGGCGGCCUGCAGGACCCCGUGGCUGCGAAACGCCUCCGACAGGACAUCCUGUUGGGCCAGGCAGCUCUGCGAGUGCCCCAGGGCUCUGAAAUGAAAAUGAAGAGCAGGAAGCAAGAACAGGAUAUGCCAAGAAACUUCCUUAAAAGCCUUUCUCAAGGAAAUGUCACACUGGGCCUUAAAUCAAGGACAUCAAAAGAUCUUUUACUUCACGUUUCCAAGAAGAAAAAUAGGAUUUAGUUCUGAGCUCUUCCACAUUUGAAGCAGGACUGAUGGAUAGCAAGUGAGAAGAGGGUGACUUUCGUUUUCCUCUUGUAAAUAACUGAGAAUUUUUUCAAUGCACGUGUUAGAAAACUUGGUUUGACCCCCUAAAUUAUUUUCGUUGGAGCUUCCUUAUGUUAAAAUUGUUUUUCAUUUGGAAGCAAAUAACAGCUGUUAAUAUUAGAACACAUUCAUGCUCAGCACUAAGAUGCUAGUUUAUCUUUAGAUUUUUAGCAUCUAUUGAUGAUAACAUAUGUAGUGCCAAGAGACAGAAAAAUAUUUACAAAAAUUGUUUUUAAUUUUUUUUGUCUUUCUGGUUUUUAGCCUGUUACUUGGUUUUAAAUAUUUCUGUUCUUUUUUUUUCAAUUUAAUUCAGCUGUAAAUAGGUGUGUUAAUUACUUCAAAUAAAUUUUUACGUUCAUUAA